CAAAGUUGCGUCUCCUGAAACAAGCAACUCGGUUGACGCUCCCUCGAACUUGUCUUAAGCCUACAACAUGACCAACCGACGGUCGUACUCACCUCCCUCGCCUCCAGCACGACUACGUCGCCGACGGCUUCUGAAUCCGCGUCGGGAACAACGUCCACCACGCCGUGGCAAGUCCACCUGGCACAACGCUGGCAAGCGAGGCAUCGCCUGGCACCACCUCUCCACGAACUUCGGCGACAACAAGUUUUUCCGCAGCGGGUGGGAGACGGUCGUGUUCAAGGACGUGAACAAUACGACGAGGAAGGGGUUCUACUUGCAGCCGCGUGGCAAGUCGUACUAUAUCACGUUCAAUGGGUGGGAUGAUAUCAAGCUUGAGGCGGUGAGGAAGCAGUGA